AUGGCACCUGCAGCUCCCUUCAAUCCCCCUGCGGCUGACCUGCCUGGCAAGCCUUUUGUCCCAACAUGGGUCCCCCCACCGGUCACUCAGCAAAAGGAGAACUUUGCUGAGCUUAGCUCCAUUGAUCUUUCUUUGAUGGACUCGGAUGACCCUGCCGUCGUUGAGAAACUUGUCCAGCAGGUUAAGGUCGCCAUUCGUGAUGACGGAUUUCUCUUCCUCGAGAACUACGGAGUCUCCCUAGAGCAGCUCCACCGCCAAUUCUCUCUUGCACAGUAUCUAUACCACAACAUUAGCGAAGAGGACAAGGAACGCCUUUUGUUCGAUCCUGAGACUGGUGUUUGGUCCGGUUACAAACACCCUUAUGGAUUCAAGCGUGAACGCGGACCCGAAGACGGCAUCGAGCAGUUCAACUGGUACAAGCCUGACUGGAACGACAUCAACCGUGUUCCCACAUGCCUUCACCCAUUUAUGGACGAGAUCGAAGAGUUCUCCAACUAUCUGACCAAGUCCGUCAACCGCCGCCUCCUGACUCUCUUCUCCCGCGUCCUCGAGUUGCCCGACGACUAUCUCUGGGACAACGUUCAGUCACACGGCUGUCCAACUGGCGAGGGCUACUUCCGCCAUGCCCUUUUCCGCCCUGUCCAGAAGAAGACCCAAGAGGCGUCCAAGGGCCUGCGCAUGCACGGUCACACUGACUUUGGUCUGACCACAUUGCUCUUCUCUGUCCCCAUCUCGUGUCUCCAGAUCUGGGGCCGCGAUGAACAGUGGUACUACGUGCCCUACAAGCCCGGUGCGCUUGUUAUUAACAUUGGUGACACCCUGGAGAUUGUUUCCGGUGGUCAUUUCAAGGCUACUCGUCACCGUGUUUACAAGCCUCCUGUCGAUCAACUGCAGCAGGAGCGUCUCUCCCUGGUGCUUUUCAACAGUUCUGUUGGUGAAUUGCGCAUGGGUCCUGCAACAGAUUCUCCACUUAUCCAAAGAGUUGGGUGCGUUGAGGAACAGGGUGUCUACAAGGAGUUCAAGAGUCUCACAUCCCAAGGAAAGCUUGUGCCUACCAACCGUCAAUGGCGCGAAAUACAGAUCUCUACCGCUACGGAUCCUACGGACCAAGAGCGUAACAGAGUUGGUGCUGAUCAGGUCCUCAUUGAUGGUAAGAUUAUGCAUCAACGAGAGUACAUGGGUGUCAAGGUUGUCCUGCCUGUUUGA